AUGGUCAACAUUACGGAAAAGAUCAAGGAGAUUGAAGAUGAGAUGAGAAAGACGCAGAAGAACAAGGCCACUGAAUACCAUCUGGGUCUUCUCAAGGGUAAACUCGCGCGUCUAAGGGCACAGCUAUUGGAACCCGGUCCAGGUUCAGGCGGUGGUGGCGGUGCCGGCUUCGACGUCAGCAAAAGUGGUGAUGCAAGAAUAGCCCUCGUCGGCUUCCCCUCCGUCGGAAAAUCCACAUUCUUAUCCAAGGUCACCAAAACGAGGUCCGAAGUCGCAUCUUAUGCCUUCACAACACUCACAGCCAUCCCCGGUGUCCUCGAGUACGGCGGCGCCGAGAUCCAGCUGCUCGAUCUGCCCGGUAUCAUCGAGGGUGCCGCCGAGGGCAAGGGUAGAGGAAGACAGGUCAUCUCCGCGGCCAAGACCAGCGACAUGAUUCUCAUGGUGCUGGACGCGACCAAGAAGGCGGAGCAAAGGGCUCUGCUCGAGGCUGAACUGGAAGCCGUCGGCAUCCGUUUGAACAGAGAACCACCCAACAUCUACCUCAAAGCAAAGAAGGCCGGCGGCAUGAAAAUCACCUUCCAAUCUCCACCAAAGGCCAUGGACGAGAAAAUGAUCUUCAACAUCCUGCGCGACUACAAGAUCCUCAACUGCGAAGUUCUCGUGCGCGACGAGAACGCUACCGUCGACGACCUCAUCGACGUCAUCAUGAAGGACCACCGCAAGUACAUCAAGUGCCUGUACGUCUACAACAAGAUCGACAGCGUCUCGCUCGACUUCCUCGACAAGCUCGCGCGCGAGCCCCACACCGUCGUCAUGAGUUGCGAGCUCGACCUCGGCAUCCAGGACGUCGUCGACCGCUGCUGGCAGGAGCUCAAGCUCAUCCGCAUCUACACGAAGCGCAAGGGCAUCGACCCGGACUUCGGCGAGGCGCUGAUUGUGCGCAGCAACAGCACCAUCGAGGACGUGUGCGACCGUAUCCACCGGACGCUCAAGGAAACCUUCAAGUAUGCGCUAGUCUGGGGCGCGAGUGCGAGACAUGUGCCGCAGAGGGUGGGUUUGGGACAUGCCGUGGCGGACGAGGAUGUGGUUUACAUUGUGAGCGCUUGGAAGGCGUAG